AUGCAUCGUCUCCGACGUGGAGCCCUAAAUCCCUUCUUCUCGAAACGAAAAGUCGCCGAAUAUGGCCCUGAGCUCCAAAGGAAGUUGGACAGAAUCCUGAGCCGCUUGCUUGAAGAGUAUCAGGGGACCGGGCGGGUGCUGAACCUGAACAAGAUGUGGGGAUGCUUCACAGCCGACUCCGUUGUAGGAUUUGCCUUUGAACCCGAUCAACAAUACAACUUUAUCGAGAGUGCCGACUUUGAAUCGCGUCUACCGGAAGCAGUGGAAGCUCUUGUUGAACCGGUUCAUUGGUUAAUGCACAUGCCCAUCGUAGCCAAGCUGGCUAUGGGCUUGCCAGAUUGGUUAGUGAAAGCUAUGGAUGCGAACAUGGGCUCCGUGUUGGACUUCAAGCAGGAUCUUGCGAACCAGAUCUCACACGUUCUCGAAGCACAGAAAAAGGGUGAAAAAACAGGCAACACCGUUUUCAGCUCGCUCCUAGACCAAAACUUACCCGCACAAGAACUUACACUAGAACGACUGCAGCAGGAAUCAAUCAGCUUGAUUAGUGCCGGGACUGAAACUAUGGCGAGAGCUUUGACUCUGGCAUGCUUUCAUACCAUCGCUGAUCGAAAGAUCCUACUCCGCUUAGUCGAAGAACUGACAGAAGCAAUACCGGAUCCACACAACAUGCCUGAUUGGGACUCUUUAACACGGUUACCAUAUCWAUCUGCUUGUAUCGAAGAAGCGUUGAGAUUUGCCUAUGGUGCAUCACACCGAAUUCAACGAGCAUGGCCGCAGGGCACACUUGAAUACGGCAAAUAUGUCAUACCAAAGGAUACUAUGAUAUCCAUGGAUAACUACGACAUGUCUCACGACGAGACCAUCUUUCCGGACUCGCACUCUUUCAUUCCCGAUAGAUGGCUAAACAACCCGAAAGCCCCAGAUGGCAAGCAGCUCAGCCGCUACAUGGUUUCUUUUGGCAAAGGAUCUCGUAGCUGCACAGGUAUGCAACUCGCAUAUGCUGAGAUGUACAUCGCCGUGGCUAGUUUCUUCCGCUCUCCACUUGCGCUGAAAAUGCGCCUGCACGACACGGACAAGUCGCAGCUUGCCUUUACCAGGGAUCGUUUUGCGCCUAAGCCAGACAUUGGUAAAGAGGGCGUGCGCGUUAUCGUCGAAUGA